UGGAUUUCAAUGAUUCGGAAAUUUCAAAAACGAUAAAGAAGCAAUAUUUUAUUCGUUUUAAGGGCAAAUCGGAUAAAAUUAUGAGAGACAGAUAUCAUGUGCUGUUUGAUAGUUUGUGUAAAUAUUAUAAAACAGGGUCUUAUAUUAUUUAUGCUGAAUUGGUAAAGGAAUAUUCCAAACAAGAAAAUCUAUUCGAAGAGCAUCAAGAUAUAAUAAAUAAUGAGCUAGAAGGUGAUAUUACAAGGAAUCAAAUUUCUAAC